ACCCGCCGCCCCGGUAUGAAGGUGCUCCGGCACAAGAUAGAGCUGCUGACAGGGCUGCUGCUGCAGGAGAUGACCAUGGCGGGGCUGCACGAGCUGCGCUUCACCGAGGAGAAGCCGCUGUUGCGAGGCCAGGACGCCGAGCUGGAGAACUCGGAUGUGUUCCUGUCCACUGUGGACACGGACUGGAAGGAACAUGACAUCGAGACCCCCUACGGGCUGCUGCACGUGGUCAUCCGGGGCUCCCCCAAGGGCAAUCGCCCGGCCAUCCUGACCUACCAUGACGUUGGCCUCAACCGUCCCCCCCCGCCAGGGCAUGGGGUCUCUGAUCCCCGCCUGCCCUUGACAGACAAGCUGUGCUUCAACACCUUCUUCAACUACGAGGACAUGCAGGAGAUAACGAAGCACUUUGUGGUGUGCCACGUGGACGCGCCGGGCCAGCAGGCGGGAGCCUCGCAGUUCCCGCAGGGGUACCAGUACCCGUCCAUGGACCAGCUGGCUGCCAUGUUACCCAGCGUGGUGCAGCAUUUCGGGUUCAAAUACGUGAUCGGCAUCGGCGUGGGAGCAGGAGCCUACGUGCUGGCCAAGUUUGCGCUCAUCUUCCCCGACCUGGUGGAAGGGCUGGUCCUCAUGAACAUCGACCCAAACGGCAAAGGCUGGAUCGACUGGGCAGCUUCCAAGCUCUCGGGCCUUACCAGCACGCUGCCAGACACCGUCCUGUCCCACCUCUUCAGCCAGGAGGAGCUGGUGAACAACACGGAGCUGGUGCAGAGUUACCGGCAGCAGAUCAGCAGCGUGGUGAACCAGUUCAACCUCCAGCUCUUCCUCAACAUGUACAACAGCCGCAGGGACCUGGACAUCAACCGGCCCGGGACCGUGCCCAAUGCCAAGACGCUGCGCUGUCCCGUGAUGCUCGUGGUGGGAGACAACGCGCCUGCCGAAGAGGGGGUGGUGGAGUGUAACUCCAAGCUGGAUCCCACCAACACCACCUUCCUGAAGAUGGCUGACUCUGGUGGGCUGCCUCAGGUCACCCAGCCCGGCAAGCUGACCGAAGCCUUCAAGUACUUCCUGCAAGGCAUGGGCUACAUCGCCCACCUGAAGGAUCGGAGGCUGAGUGGAGGCACAGUGCCGUCUGCCAGCAUGACCCGCCUGGCGCGCUCCCGCACCGCCUCCCUCACCAGCGCCAGCUCCGUGGAGGGCGCCCGCCCGCGCGCCUGCACCCACUCGGAGAGCACCGAGGCCAUGGGGCAGAUCAACCACACCAUGGAGGUAUCGUGCUGAGGCCCGCGCCCGCCGCCGACGUCUCCUCCAGAGCCAUCUCCCAUCCGUCAGCACCCCGCCAGCACCCGCCCGCCCCGCGGACCCCCUCCGCCAGGGCCCUCCGCUCCCGCGGAGUGGAUUCAGCGUCUUGGCCCGCAGCGGCCUUCCUCCCCUCACCGGGCACCAGAGGAGGAGAGGGGCUUCGCUUCGCCGCCCCCCCCAAGCUCUGGAGCCCAGCUUAGCAGCAGUCACACACCCCUUGGGCUCGGUCCUCCCCCCCAGCAUCGGUUUGGCCCUGGUUUGCGAGGGAUGGUGGUGGGACGGGGACAGGAUGGUGGGAUGGGGACAGGACGUGGAGAGGAGGUGGGAGGGAGGAUGGGCUCCUGAGGCGGCCCGGUGGCUGGAAGAAAACCAAGGCUGGGGAGCAGCGCUGGGAGCCACCAGGGCAGAAGCGCGACCCGUGGGCCGCCCCGGCCCCUCGCCUGCAGCAGGCCUGUCCUGGGCCCUGUGUUUGUGGCCAGAAGGCCGAGCACCACCAGGCCGAGCGCCACCAGCGCCCCAAAGCGCCCCAAAGCGCCCCAGGGGCAGGGGCCGGGGGGGUCUUCAUGCUGGGGCCUGCUCCUUCCCUGCCCCGUGCUGGCCGGGCCGAGGCCCAUGGGGUUCGGAGGCCGCUGGGUUCAGGGCUAUCGCAUGGCGAAAGGCCCUGGGAUCCCCCCUGGCCUCCAGUUCAGCUGCAGCCUGUUGGUGUCACUGCCGCGGAGCCGUUAGCAAUAAGAUGAGACCCCCCCCCCGCCCCACCCCAGGGAGCCCCCCACACCCCAGGGUGCCCUGCAGAGCACAUCACCUCCGGUACCCAGCAGCACCGGGCCUCCCCCAGGUGCCCGGCGGGUGUGGGGACCCCCCGGGGUCCGGCUUUGCCCACAGGUGUCCAUGGCGUGGCCCAGCUCCCCCUCCCCAGCAUCUCGCCCGCACACUGAGCGGGGCAUCUCUCAAGGGCUUGGCUCCCCCCCACACACACACACACACCCCAAGCUGUGGGGCCCCAUCCAGCUGCCAGCCCCGGGUGGAUCUGGCCUCUCCCACUCGGCCCGGAGAGCCAUGUCAUCCGCAUCACCCCUCCACGGGCAGCCCGGCCUCUGCCACUGGGAGAGCCGCGUCCUCACCAGGUGCCACCAUCGGGGCCGAGCAGAACCAGCCCAAAACCCAAGCGGGUGCGAAACAUCUGGCCAUGGGGACAGCAGGCAUCGGGGCCCACGGCCCGCCGGGAGCGGAGACCCCAAAGCGCCUGCCCGGCGGACCCCAGCCUCUCACCCCUGUCCCCCCCACCCCGAGAGAGGUGCAGGGACCCCCCCAACACCUGCUCCCCUGGUGCCCACACACAUACACACACGCACAUGCACACACAGCCAUCGACUGGCCACCCCAAAACGCCAGUGUCCCCAUUUGCCCCCACCUUCGUCCUGCCGUGUGCUUCCUUCUCGGUGUGACUCUGAAAGCUAAGUAGCUCCUUUUUACUGUAGAUAACCGCUGCGAUCUCUCGUUUUCUCGGCGUGUCCUUCCAGAUGAUAUAUAUAAAUACCUAUACAUUACAUAUAUAUAUAUAGGGUCAUCCGGUCCCUGCCCUUUUUGAGUUCAUUCCCCCUCGCGCUCUCGUACAAGCGGUAACGUGUGGUUUCCCCUUUGAGGUGGGCUGGCCAUGCUUGCCUUCGGUUCGCCACCUGGGUUUCGUUGGGUCGGUUUGGUUUUCCCCAGUGGUUCGUUCUUCUGAUUUUUUGGGGGGUUGUUUUUCUUUGUUUCCUGGUCACGGUGGAAUUUAAUGCGUUUUCCCCACCCCACCCCAGCCCCUUUCCUCCAGUCUGAGUGCACCCUGGUUUCGUCACGGCGGCAUCGGGGCCGCGGUACUCACACGAGACGGCAAAAUGUAAACCGGAUUUAACUAACUUGUCGCUGUAGAGAGGAUUUACUGUGUUGGAAAAAAAAAUUAAAAAAAGAAAAAAAGAAAAAACUAAUAAAGAUGAUAAGAACCUGC